AUGUUCAAGUUUUUAACCAGAAGUUGUGGGUUGCUCACGGUUGGGAAGAGCAGUAUACAGUCAGUCAGUAAAUCGCUGACAAGAUUAAACUCCACUGUCUCUGAAAAAUAUAAGGAUCUUGCUCCAUUAAAGCUAUCGAAUGAACUAUAUGCUAUUUUUAAAAUCCAUGAGAGGCCUUACCUAGUCACUAAAGGAGAUAAGGUGAUUCUUCCAUUCAAGCUGAAGGAAGCCAACGUCGGUGACAUCUUAAAUUUGACAGAUGUCACCACCAUUGGAUCAAGAAACUACAAAUUGGUCGAUAACCCAAUCGACAAAUCUAUAUACUCCUUGAAGGCAGUAGUUCUGGAGAAAACUAAGAGGGCCUACCAGGUAAGAGAGGUAACUAAAAGAAGAAACAGAAGGGUACGCCAUGCUGUAAAUAAAGCUGACCAAACCGUGAUAAGGAUAUCAGAACUAAAAGUUAAUUGA